ACAUUAACCAUUGACGUUAGUUUCAGUGGUUGUCAAUUUUUCGCUGAGGCAAACGAAAAUUUUAUGUAAUAAUUGAAGAAUUUAUUUAAUUUUCACAAUAAAUAUGUCCUUAGUGCGUCAAAUUUUUGGAAAAACAUCGCAUGGAGUACAAUGGGCGAAGACUGUCACCAACUGCGGUCGCAAUAUGUCGUCCGUAGGCUCACGCGAUGCUCCUCAAAUUGAUGUAGUAGCGACUAUUGCGCGUCCGGAAGAGCUAGAACGGAAAAAGAAACUCAGCGGAGCCAUCACCGUGCCCACAAAAGUCGACCUUAGCCCUAUUAGUGGAGUGCCAGAAGAGCAUGUGAAGACACGACGUGUACGUAUACACAUACCACCCAAAAAUGCCAUGCAAAGUGGCAGUGAUAAUGUAAAUCACUGGCAGAUUGAGUUUGACAAUCGUGAACGCUGGGAAAAUCCCUUGAUGGGUUGGACAUCAACCGGAGAUCCUCUAUCCAAUCUACAAGUGGAUUUCGGUUCGAAAGAAGAAGCCAUUGAACAUUGUGAACGUAAUGGAUGGCGUUGGUUUAUUGAUACUGAUGACGAACCAAAACCAGGACGCGUCAAGAAUUAUGGUUUGAACUUCCAUUGGAAUAGGCGUACACGUGUAUCAACCAAGUAGAGAAUCGUUCGAUAAAUACUGCCGAAGUGUUGUGCUGAAAUACGCAAAGAUUGUGUAUUGUUAUGAUAAUUAACACGUAAAGAAAUAAAACAAAUUCGUGAGUCAGAAA